AUGGCACCUGGGCGCAAGGCAGACACACCACUAGACGUUUCGAUUACGACGGCAGAGGACCGCAUAUCAGCGGUCGCACAUAUAAAUUCACCGAUGUUAGACAUUAAUGAUUACACCGUCGCAUGGCUGUGUCCUCUCUACUUCGAGGCUGGAGCGGCCCUGUUCAUGCUCGACGAGUACCAUGGCGUCCCUCGACGAUUUCCUGGCCAGACAGUCCAGUACCACCUCGGUCGGGUCGGGCAGCACAACGUCGUAAUUGUUGGGUUUCCCCAGGGCGAAAUUGGCAUUGGUGUUGCUGCUAGCAUAGCCACAGAAGUCAAGCGCGACUUCCCUCACCUGGAAACUGGAAUGCUUAUCGGUGUCGCGGCGGGUAUUCCCUCGGCGGCGAAUGACAUUAGACUUGGCGACGUCGUUGUCGCGGUACCGACGGGUGACAGCUCUGGGGUCAUUGGAUAUGACCUGGUUAAUAUUGAGCCAGAACGGAUACGAUUAAAGCAAUGGCAGGACGCGACACACCCUGCGCUGAGAUCUGCCAUUUCGGCUCUCAGGGCACGCUCAACUCUGCUACUGCGGCCUUCGACGCCACCACCGACUAGUUUCUCUCCACAUGACACACGGCCAUCUGGCGAUAAGCCAGUUGUGCAUUACGGGUGUAUUCUGUCCGGAAACCGCGUUGUGAAGUCGGCAGCCCUUCGCGAUGAAAUGGCGCAAGCAAAUAACCCUAUCGCGAUCGAGAUGGAAGCUGCAGGAAUAAUGAAUCGCUUGCGAGUGGCCGUUAUUCGGGGAGUGAGUGACUUCGCUGAUGUCGAAAAGAACGAUGACUGGCAAUUUUAUGCGGCUGCGACGGCGGCAGCGUAUGCCAAAGAACUCUUACUGUGUCUAAGUCCGCUACGAGCGGAGACUGGUGGGCUACCCCAUCCUUCCCCGCGGAUUAUAGAGAAUAUCGUAUCUGACCUCACAUUGAAAAGCAGCACCAAGACCGACCGUAAUCCCACAGGCGCGGUCGUCAACUUGCUCAAAGUUCUUGAUCUAGACUCCUCCCCCGAGGCACGAGCACGACUAGCGAGAAGGUGGUCGGUUUUUGUCGGCGAGGACGGGAGCGCCGCGCGAAAUAUUGCGCUUCAUGGGGUAAUCAUGGAUGAGGUUGCAAAGAAUGAUGGCAGAGCUACUGCAAAUCUUGCCGCGGCCCUUUCCGUGGCGGGGAAUCGUCAUUGA